GCGGUUCAACGUGCGAAGACGCAGCUAAAUACGAUAUGAAAUAAAAAGUGGCUCUAACUCCACCAGAUCGCUAGCUAGACGUCUCAGAUGGUAAAGAGUAAAAGCAGAGACGGUAUUUUAAAUGGAGAUAUCGAACAACAUGGUGAUAUAACUCAUGGCGAAUGGUAUUUGAAGGCUGGAUCUUCCAAGAGGGUCCCGUCCAAAAAACACCAUGUUGAAAUCCCUGGACCAAUGGAUAUCAUUACUUCUCUUGCUUCUGGCGCGACGGCUGGAGCCCUCGCAAAAACAGCUAUUGCUCCCUUAGAUAGAACAAAGAUUAUAUUUCAAACAUCUAACACAAGAUUUACUAUUAAGGGUGUGGGUAAAGUUUUAUCACAGACCUUCAAAUCCAAUGGCUUUAUUGGUUUAUUCAGAGGGAACAGUGCGACUAUGGCACGUGUCAUUCCCUAUGCUUCUCUUCAGUUUGCCUCUCAUGAGCAGUACAAGAAACUUCUGAGACAAGAAGAAGGAAAAGGGGCAUUGCCUCCUGUGCGUCGCUUCAUUGCUGGAUCUCUUGCUGGCAUCACAGCAGCAUUAUUAACAUAUCCAUUGGAUAUGGUACGAGCAAGAUUAGCAAUAUCUCAAAAACAAAAAUAUACUGGUCUUAUCAAUGCAUUUGUUAGAAUAUACGAACAAGAAGGAAUAAGAACUUUCUAUCGAGGUUAUGUCCCUACAUUAAUAGGAAUCGUGCCCUACGCUGGAAUAAGCUUUUUUACGUAUGAAACUUGCAAGAAACUAUUUAGUGAACAUUUUAAUCAACAACACAUCACUCCUCUCCAUCGUUUAGCAUUUGGUGCAUGUGCAGGUUUGUUUGGUCAGUCAACAACGUAUCCGUUAGACAUCAUACGACGACGCAUGCAAGCCGAUGGGAUGCAUGGCGAAAGACGCAAGGAGUAUGCGCAUAUAUGGACUACUGCGAAGUAUGUUUACAAGACAGAGGGUUUAAAGAAAGGACUAUUUAAAGGAUUAAGUAUGAAUUGGGUUAAAGGACCAAUUGCCGUUGGAAUUAGUUUUACAGUAUUUGAUGUAAUGCAAGCAUUUUUUGAUCGGCAUGUCCUUCAUGACAAGACAUAACUGUUAAUUCUGGUAAUUGUUAUAAUGCUAAAUAUAGACAGUACUGUUGUCCAUCAUGUGUGAGAUAACCAUUGAUGUUAUCAAUUAAGCUUGCUUUUGAAGGUAACAAAAUAUUGACACGUGACUGGUAAAAUUAUUUACCCAUUAUUAGAAGUUAUUUUUUUGAAUGAACGUCAAUCCGAGUGUCAAAAACAUUUAAUGAAAAUCUUACAUUUCGAUACUGUAAAUCCUGCAUGGCACAUCAAAGACCAAUUAACAAUUAUUCGCCAAAGGCAAAAUGAAUAUCGGGUAAUAUUUACCGAGACGUGACUCUGAGCAGCGAGGUAAAUAUUCUCCGCUAUUCACUGAAGGUGAGGCAAAUAAUUGUCUUGGUAUAAAUACACAGGCGAUUCUUUCAAAAAAAAAAAAAAAGAAAAGAAAAGAAAGAAAGAAAGAAAGAAAAAGAAAAGAAGAAGAUAAAAACAUUUAAAAUUAGGAAAAAUUUUAAUUGAAGUGACAAACGUGGCUUUCAAUUACAACACAGGCAAACUCCGACUUUGAGAAUCUCGACCAAUCAACGCACGAGAUUUUCAAUGAUUACCUGUGUACUUUACUAAAUCUGGAUUAUUACUUUCAUGAGAUUUCUGAUUGACAGGUGUCUGUCAAAAUAAUACUAAGAAGAACCAAUAGGAGAAUCAGAAAUUAAAAGGGAAUCCUUUCAAAUCAGCCAAUCAGAAGACAGGAUUAUGAUUGACAUAUGUCAGUCAAACAGGUUAUAAUAUACAGUAUAAAAAUGAAUAAGAUAUUAUUUAGGAAACGUUGAUUUCCUGAUAUUUAGUUCUGGUCCUAUUUUGAUUAUUUCUGUUGAUAUAAGAAUGUUGACUCAAAAUAAAAAAAUAUUUGAACUAUU